GGGGGGGAUUGUUUCACAGAUGGGCAACGAACAAUCCGCCCCGAUUGUCGUCGACGUCGCCGUCGCCAACCGAGUCAUCAUGGGCAGCCCAUCAGCAACACCAGCGUCGUCGUCGUCGUCACAAACACCAUCAGCACAAAACAUGCCGCCGCGCAUGGCGAGGCAGCACGAGCGGCUCGUCAUGGAGCUCCUCCCGUUCGGGACGGUGGAGCAGUUCCACUUGUGGCUGGAGAGCGCGCCGGUGCUGGGCUCGUGGCUCGAGUUCCGGGCAAACUGCCGUCACGUGGACCUGGACGAGGUCGACAAGACCCGGGCCGCCCAGAUGACCCGGGACGCGCUCAACUCAAAGUCGGCCAGGUACCUCGUCUACCACCCGGACAAGGAAGGGUGGACCGUCGAGGACCACAUCAUCCGCUUCAUGGCCACCAUCAUGAAGGACGCAGUGCUGCAGGGCGUCUGGGACGAAGGCGAGCUGGAAAACAAGACCUUGGAUAUUGCAAAGGCCGUCUACGAGGUCUUGUGCUUCUUCAAGGCUGUUGAUGAGCAGCCUACGGAGCCCGGGUCUGAUGAUGCUGCUGGGGAGCAGCCGCCUGAUUACCACCCCCCUGAUUACCACCCGCCCGAUUACACUGCUUGACUCUAUUGAUCAGACUGGCUUCUGUCCGUUAUUUAUUGUUUAUUCACACUGACGGAAUUUAAUCUGGACAAGUUUACAAAGAAACAUUACUUCAUUUCAUUUGUUUGAAUACAUGAAAUCAUAUAUAAAUAAGUAUGUUCAGUAGAAAAAAGGUCAUAUCAUAUCAAGUUUCUUCCCCA